GUCGAACCCAAAUCCAAAUUGAGUGCUCUCUCUCCCUCUCGGCUUAUCAUUUUGUCCAUCGGCGAACGCUCAGCGGUCGACCGGAGCUCCGGCGUUCCUGGUGUUGACGAGAGGAUUUUGAAGGGAGGCCUGCUUUGGAUUCUACAGCAAAGGAACAACCUCAUCGUGAUGCUAAGACCCACGUUCUCAUUCCUAAAGAUGCUGUCAAUUAUUCGUUUUUGCUUAUUGUACUUGCAAAUUGAGUAAUUUGUUCAAUUACUUGAAGGUUCUCUAUUCUAUUGUAUUUUCUUGGGCUGUUGCUUGCACUUUAUGAAUCUGAUACGUACAGUGGAAUCAUUGUCGGGGUCAGCCGGUCCAUCUCUAUGUCGAGAACAAUUUGGUUGUGUCCUGAAAUUACUUAAAAACCUCUCGAUGUGAUCAUGAGAAUAAAAUGUGUCAGGCUCGGAUGUUCUUGAACUUUAGAUUUGCAAACUCCAAUUUGGUUUACAAUAAGAAUUAUUAGUCCAAAAAUCAUUGUGCUUCUUCGUUAGUACUUGUUUCUUAGUGAUUAGAGGGCCUAAACUAAGUUCUUUUGCCAAUUUGAUCAAGCAGAAAACUAAUAUGAUUUUUAAUUCAAAGAUGUUCUCUCACUUUUAUGUUUGUUUCUAAUGAUGCUUGUUGAAUUUUUUUUCCCUCUUCACGGUUUCUUAUGGAAAGCUGAAAGGAGAUCCCUACCAGAACUUAUUUCAAAAUUUGUGGGCUGAAGGGAAGAUUCCUACCAGAACCCAUUUCAAAAUAGGUAAGCUGAAGGGAAGAUCCCUACCAGAACUCACUUCAAAGAUCUUAAAUGCACAAAAGAAGAGAAAAUGUUGUACAAAAUGCAGUAAACAGAAAAUAAAGGAAGAAAAUGAAGGGGGAAAAGGAUGAAGAACAAUCAGGAACAGCCAAUUACAGAUUGUUAAAUUGUAAUUUUACCUCAUAACAGGCCUAUCCAAAACCUCCUCAACAUUCUGUGACAAGUCUGAAAAUCCUGCUAUUUCUUUCUCUACAUAAAGCCAACAUCAACAGAAGAGAAAUGAAACAACCUGUGUUUCCCUUUCUGUUUCUGAAUUCAGAACUUACGGAAUACAAUAUGCACCCAACAUCUAAAAUAAGACACUUAAGGCUCCAAGUAUCUUUUAGCUUUCUCAAUCAAACUUGGCGAACUCACACUCAAAAGAAUAAAUGUCAUAAAGUUUCACCGUGGAUCACAUCACACAUCCUGGUCAUAGUGGUAGGCUUUUCCUGAUCAGAUUAUAUUUAUGUUCAUUCUAUCUUAGUUACCUUGCUCAAACACUGGUAAUUCUUAUCACUAUCUGAUCAGAAAUUUUGUGCUAUUUUGACACUCAUCAUUAUCUUGUGUGGCGGUGGAAAAUUUAAGUAUAUGUAUUCUUUCACGUCUGUUUUCUCCUGCUUUUGAGUUUACAUUGCUGUGUCCCAUUUUCUGUUUCUUUCUAAUAUUGUUAAUAUUACUGAUACUAUUUUGUUUUUGUUUUGACUUCUCUUGCAAUUUAUCUAUGAGAAACCACCUUGCUUGUUCUUCUCUCCUCCACUUCCUCUAGAAUAUGUGGUCAAUUUAAUGCUUUUGUUUUUCUUGUUUUGGUAUGCAGUUACAGCUGUAUUCUAGAAAUAUUGCAACUUCUUUAAUUUUCUCUUUCUUUUUACUUAGUGGACAAAAUAGCAUGAUUAUUGGGGAUUAGCUGUUGAGCGUGGAAGGUUGAGAUGAUGGAUUACCAGAAUAACUUGGACUUCUAUCUCACAAUGUCUAGAAAGGAGCUCCAAAAAUUGUGUAAACAGCAUGAUCUUCCUGCAAAUAGAAGCCAUGCUCAACUAGCCGACUCACUGGUAUCACUGUUUAAGAAAAGAAAUGCCAGUUCAGCAGCUUUGUUGGAGAAUUCAAUUAAUUCGAUGGAUGGAUCUUCUAGAAAAUCACUUGUAUCCGAACCAAAAGCUAAUUCUUCCAAGGUUGAUACACAUGGACUGUCUUCAGGUUUUAAUGAAAUUCGAGGUGAUGAACGACCAUUCUAUCAUACUGGUAAUCAAAUAGAUGUUAUUGACCACAUGGUCAAUCCAACUUCAGGAAAGACUGUUACAAAUGCUUUAUGUCCAUCAUGGCCUGCUAAUAGUAAUGGUACUGAAAGUAUUGGUUAUUCUACUUUUGAGCAUUGUAACAAGGGAGUAAAAAGCUGUGUUGCUGCUGAUAUGAAAGAGACUAGAACAACCCAAAUUCUUGGUCUGGAGUGCAAGAAAACGAAUAUUAGAAGUGAAUUUGAAAAUUUGGUGAGACCAAGAAAUGAAGAGCAGAAACAGAUCCAUGAUGCUAUUAGAGACACUAAAACUCGUAAUACAGUUCCUAUGCCAUGUGAACUUUAUAAACUUCAUGAAUACUCCAUGGAAAGUGGGUUUGUAUCUUCUGAUGAAAUUUCUACAAGAACCCCUACCCUUCAAUUCUUUGUGAUGUCAGAAGGGGGAAUUAAUUUAUAUGUUGAUUUAAAUUCUGGUCCAUUAGGAUGGAUCAAUAGCAUGAAGGACGAAAUGUGUGUCCAUCAGAAUGCAAAACAUGAGACAAGGACUCUGUCGAAAGAUAUCAGUGAUUCUCCAGAAGUUGACAAUCAUAUUAAAAUAUUGCCAAUUGAUGACACUGGGAUGGACCUUCAAGGCAUUGAAGUUGAGCAGAACACUGGCUGUACUAAUUCAUCCUCAAGUUCAGUUGUCAGUGAAAAUUGUAAUUCUGAGGCAUAUCCACCCAAUACAACUGUAGUGACAUCUGGAUUUUCUAUUUUGACAUCAGGCAGUGUUCCUGUUUGUUUAUCAGUAUGUUUGGAGGAGAAUCAAGUGGUUUCAUCUUCCUGUGCAGCUUACUCUGCACAAAACCACCUGGCGUUUGAUACUGCACCUUGCGCCCGAGAAGGGAUGUUGUUAACUCAAGACUCUUUUGAUGCUUCCUUUACGAUGCUUAAGGGCAAUGCAUCGCCACCUAAUGCUUCUAUGAGAUCUAUUACUAACGAGGAUGAUGAUGGCAUUUAUCCUGUGACAAAUGAUGGCUCCACUCCUAAGACUGCAUGUGUCGAUUUUGUUGAUGUUGAAGUUAAGGCUUUAUGCAACACACUGAAUGAUGUUCCCGAUAAAAAUAACCUUCCUAUGUUUAAGGAUAUGCAAGAUAGUGUGGACACUUACCAUUCUGGUCAUCUUAGAAAUCAUACUGGAACUUGUGAAGGCUCAUUUAUAUGUUGCACGAAUGAGCUGCCAGAUAAUGUGUGUUCACAUGGAGGGCUGUCAAAUUAUUGUCAACUUACUGGACAGAGGUUACUAGAUGGUCCAAUGGCUGAUGCACAAUCAGAGAUGAGAGCAGCAAAUGGUCUUUUCUAUCAGCAAGCAUGUAGUAAUUAUGGAACUUUGGUUCCCAAGGAACCAAUGCCGGUGUUUCAAGAUGAAUCGAUUACCAGAUAUACUAUGCCUUGUGAUGCAGGGCCAGAGCACUCCAGUGAAGGGAAAGGAAACCUUAGAGUAACUUUUGUUUGAUCAAAGCUUAAGUUCAAUUUAUAUUCUAUAUGACAGUUCAGCAUUAACCAUGUGUCUUAAUAUGCAGAUGCUCUAGAGUCCGGGCCUCCUCAUACAAUACUUCCAAGAGACCUAACAGCAUAGAGUUGCCCGAGGAACUCCAUGUUAAGAGGCAGCAUUUCAUGUUAUAAAUGACACUAUCAUGGAUUAAAAAAGAAUCAGAAGUUCAGCAAAGGAAACUAUGUACGAUGUCGUUAUACAUAGGUGUUCCACAUGGCUGGUUCCUAAGAUUAUAAAUAUACUGACAGGAGAAGCUACUGCUUAACCAGGCAAGGAAACCAAGGAGGUCUAACUUCUAGGAGAUGAGCAUUAUAUUUCACCUGCAUUUACAGGCAUGGAGUGAAUCCAUUUUACGCACUUGAUGAUCCCCAAAAGCAUCUCGUUGGCAUCAUCCAAGCCUAUAUGAUCGUCACACCUCGCCAAAGUCAGCUGCUUCCUUCACUUAUCUUCUCUUGCUCAUCUAAUGCCUCAUCAUUGAUCGGCUGCCAGCUGCACUCGAAGCCAGGGGGAGGUUGGAAAAGAAAAACGCAAGUGGAUCCUUCUAGCGAAACAAAUGAGCAAUAGUUUGAUUGGAUUGACCUGGCUGAGUUGUAUGGAUUAGAAUAUUGGACUGCCAAUUAAUGGUCGCAACUGCAGUUCUAGCAUCAACAUCAUAAGAUAAAGAAAUGGAGUGGACUAAAAGAAAGGCCCACAUGUCACAUUUUCCAAGGACAGGAGUUGGGAGUCGGGUACUCAUGAGAAGAACAAUUCAUAUGGAUUGCUGAAUCUUCUGUUUCUCCUGAGCCACAUGAUCAUUAAAGAACAGGAAAUCUUUUCUUUCUUCUUCUUCUUCUUCUUCUUUGUCCUUUAUCUGUUAAAAGUCUUGUAGAUCCAAUUAUUGUGGUUGUGACAGAGAAAAAAGAAAAAAGAAAAAAUUAUGGUU